AUGGAUCCCCUUCUAUCAGCCCAUGAAAUCGGCGAAGGACUUCCUGUUCUGAUCAUCCAUGGAUGGGAGAUGAAUGCCAGAGUCGAACAGCUGGACUUUGAGCCGAUCUUCAGCAAAACACCGGGACUUCAUCGAAUUUACGUGGACCUCCCAGGCAUGGGAACAACACCUGCCAACAACAUCCAGAAUCUGGACGAUAUCUUCGCUCGCCUGGUACAAUUCGUUGAUUCUCGGUUGGGCAAGUCAAGAUUCCUACUUGUCGGCACCUCAUGCGGCGGUUAUCUUGCCCGCGCGGUAGCUCAAAAAUAUAUCAACCAGGUCGACGGCUUACUAUUACGCGUACCCCUGAUCGAGCCAAACGACAGCAAGCGCGAUCUGGAUCCUUUCAAACCAGUGUUUGCAGACGAGCAAUUCAUGUCGGCCAUGUCAACAGAAGACCGAAACGCUCUGGGAAACAUUCUCGUCCAAACGCCGGCUUACGUCCAAGCUCUCAAAGCGAAAUACGAGAAGGCCAUUCUUCCAGCGAUGAAAACAGCCGACAACACAGCGUUGGAUGCGAUCCGAGCGGAUCAAAAUCGAUAUCAGCUGUCCUUUUCUGUGGACGAUGAACGUGGCAAGUUCUAUGCACCUACACUCAUUGUAUGUGGUCGACAAGACGAAACCGUGGGCUAUCGAGACAGCCUUCGCUUGCUAGAACUCUAUCCACGAUCAACCUAUGUUGUUCUCGAUCGCGGGACACAUGGCCUGCCUGUCGAUGAGACUGGUGUUUUUGAAGCUCUUGUGAGGGACUGGAUUACGCGGGUUCAUGAAUGGCGAGGGCGUACGGAUAGAUGA